AAACUUGUAAGCGGCAAGUGAGCGGAAACGGCAGCAAGUGUACUUUUCAUGCUCCACGUUGGUUGCGGCUGGUUGCGGCUUUUGCGGCAUUAGUAACUGGAGGGCAUGACGCGCCAGUGGCGACCGCUCAUAACGCGAAGCUGCCUGUUCGAACACGAAGACCCAUUUUCCCGUCUGCACAUAUCGUCUUCGCAGUUCCUGGAGGACAUAACCGAGCGCGGCGUCUGUCCAAAGUGUCACAAGUCACGCAUGUACUUUUGCUACACUUGCCUUACGGCGCUCACCAGCAUCCAAGACAGAAUUCCUCGCGUACAGUUGCCCGUACAAAUUGCCAUUGUGAAGCAUGCUGGUGAAGUUGAUGGCAAGAGUACUGCAGCUCACCUACCUGUCCUUGCUCCUGACCAUGUGAAGAUCUACACGUUUCCAAGCAUACCAGCUUGUGAACCCAAUGAUGUGCUGCUGCUCUUUCCUGGGGAGAAUGCCCACCCCUUGGAGAAGCUGUGGGAAAUGACCGUGCAGACUGGCCACACAACCGGCCCUUGUGUCCUCUGUGCCAAGGAGCAUGUGAGCAUUCCUUGGAAGACACUAUUAUUUAUUGACAGCACGUGGAAGCAAACCAAGCGAAUCUAUCUGGACGCCAAGAUUAAAGGCCUGCCAUGUGCAGUGCUGGAAGGUGGCCAUUCAGCGUUCUGGCGCCCUCAGCGGGGCAAGCCGUCAGGCUGGCUGGCCACGGCUGAAGCUGUUCAUCUGGCCAUGACCCGACUGCUGGCUCUGCAGGGCUGCACAGGACAUGUGGACGACCUGCUCUUCUUCUUCAAGUUCUUCUAUGCCAAGAUAAGCUCGCGCUAUCGCCAGGCGAGUAAUGCUGUUCCAGACCCAGGGAUGUCGGUUCAUCCAGAGAAAUAAAC